AUGGUGAAGACAGAGCAGAGGGUUCAGCUCACAGAGACAUCAAAGCCAAUGCCAUCAUCCAAAACAUCAUCAACAUCAGCAUCUUCAUCAGCUUGCAAGAAGAAGAAGUACAAGGGAGUGAGAAUGAGGAGCUGGGGCUCAUGGGUUUCAGAGAUUAGAGCCCCAAAUCAGAAGACAAGAAUAUGGUUGGGUUCAUAUUCUACAGCAGAGGCAGCAGCCAGAGCCUAUGAUGCUGCCCUCUUGUGCCUCAAGGGAUCCUCCGCCAACCUCAACUUCCCCUCCACUGCCUCCUCUCAUUUUAUCCCUCAGGAAAUUACCAUUAUGUCCCCCAAGUCCAUCCAGAGAGUGGCUGCAGCUGCUGCCAAUAGUUUUGCCAUUGAUAAUGCCACCACCCCAACCACCACAAAUAUUGCCUCCCCACCAUCACCCCCUCCUCAAUCUUCUUCAUCUUCAUCCUUGGUCUCCUCCCCAUCAAUGUCUUCGUCCCCGUCCAAUAAUCACCUAGACGACGACAUGUCAUCACUGAUGGGGUCAUUUGAGCCCUACACUCCUACUUAUGAUCAUCCCCAUCAGGCAAUUGAUCAAUUACCAAUGUCUAGCAUGGAACCAUGGAACAACUUUGAUGAUGGCCUACAAUCCCCAAAAUACAUUGACCAGAUGUUCAAUGGCACCUUCUUCGAUCCACCCAUGAUUUAUGACUUUUAUGAGGAAAGUGAUAUUCCCUUGUGGAGCUUCUGCUGA